GGAUGGGCGUGGCGGCCCAGCCCCAGGACAGCAGGCGGCGCAGAGGCUUCUGGGAAAUAGGAAGUCAGGAGCACCUCUGGCCGCACCUCCUGCUGCCCCUCCAGGCUUCCCUCUCCAGCCCCAGGCGAGAGUCCGGCUGCCAGCCGAGGGGGAGCCUGGAGUCCCAGGGAUGGCCUUGGAGAGGGACAGACUCCGAGCCCCGGAGGUGGUGACAUUCCAGGAUGUGGCUGUGGACUUCACGAGGGAGGAGUGGCGCCUCUUGUCGCCUCCCCAGAAGAAGCUGUACAAAGAAGUGAUGCUGGAGAAUGCCCAGAACCUGCUCUCUGUGGAAGGAGAGAUCAGACCGGAAAUGGAGGCAACUCCAACAGAGAUGAUUCCUUCAGUGGAAGAAAUGGACCAGCAAAGACUCAUGAGUGAUAUUCCACAUAACACAACUUGGAGAGAAUUCUGUGUUAAAUCUCAAAAUUCAUCCCAUACAGGGCAUCAAAAAAUGAACUCUGAGAAAAAGUCUGGUGAAUGGAAGAAAUUUGGAAAGACAUUCAAAAAGAGACACAAAUGCGGUAUAUCUCAGAGAAUCCACAGUGGGGAGAAACUUUAUGAAUGUAAGCAUUGUGGAAAGACAUUCAGUAGGAGCUCCAGUCUGACUAUACAUCAGAGAAUACACACUGGGGAGAAACCAUAUAAAUGCAAUCAUUGUGGAAAGAUAUUCAGAUGGAGCUCCAACCUUGCUCGACAUCAGAGAAUUCACACUGGGGAGAAACCUUAUGAAUGCAAGCAAUGUGGAAAGACAUUCAGACAGAGCUCUGAUCUUACUCAGCACCAGAGAAUCCACACUGGAGAGAAACCUUAUGAAUGCAAACAAUGUGGAAAGACAUUCAAUGAGAGAUCCAGUCUUGCUAUACAUCAGAGGAUCCACACUGGGGAGAAACCUUAUGAAUGCAAGCAGUGUGGAAAGACAUUCACUGAGAACUCCAGUCUUGUUGUACAUCAGAGAAUCCACACUGGAGAGAAACCUUAUGAAUGCAAGCAAUGUGGAAAGACAUUCAGCCAGAGUUCUAGUCUUGCUCAGCAUAAGAGAAUUCACACUGGAGAAAAACCUUAUGAAUGCAAACAAUGUGGAAAGACAUUCAGUCAGAGAUCCCAUCAUGUUAAACAUCAGAGAAUCCACACUGGUGAGAAACCUUAUGAAUGCAAGCAAUGUGGAAAGACAUUCAGUGAGAGAUUCCAUCUUGCUGUACAUCAGAGAAUCCACACUGGUGAAAAACCUUAUGGAUGCAGUCAUUGUGGAAAGACAUUCGCCCAGAGCUCUAGUCUUGCUCAGCAUAAGAGAAUUCACACUGGAGAGAAACCUUAUGAAUGCAAGCAAUGUGGAAAGACAUUCAUUCAUAGCUCCAAUCUUGCUGAUCAUCAGAGAACCCACACUGGGGAGUAUCCUUACAAAUGCAAACAAUGUGGAAAGACAUUCAGUCAGAGCUCCAAACUUGCUGUACAUCAGAGAAUCCACACUGGGGAGAAACCUUAUGAAUGCAAACAAUGUGGAAAGACAUUCAGUUAUAGUGCCAGUCUUGCUAUACAUCACAGAAUCCAUACUGGGAAGAAGCCUCAUGAAUGCAAGCAAUGUGGGAAGACAUUCAGUGAGAGAUCCCAUCUUGCUGUACAUCAGAGAAUCCACACUGGGGACAAACCUUAUGAAUGCGAUCAUUGUGGAAAGACAUUCACCCAGAGCUCUAGUCUUGUUCAGCACAAGAGAAUUCACACUGGAGAGAGACCUUAUGAAUGCAAGCAAUGUGUAAAAACAUUCAGUCAGAGAUCCCAUCUUGUUAAACAUCAAAAAAUCCACACUGGGGAUAAAUCUUAUACAUGUAAGCAAUGUGGAAAGACAUUUAGUCAGAGAUCUGAACUUGCUGUACAUCAGAAAAUCCACACUGGGUACAAACCUUAUGAAUGCAAACAUUGUGGAAAGACAUUCACUCAGAGCUCUAGUCUUCUUCAACAUAAGAGAAUACACACCGGAGAGAAACCUUAUGAAUGUAAGCAGUGUGGGAAGACAUUCGUUCAGAGAUCUCAUCUUGUUAAACAUCAAAAAACCCACACUGGGGAUAAAUCUUAUACAUGCAAGCAAUGUGUAAAGACAUUCAGUCAGAGAUCAGAACUUGCUGUACAUCAGAGAAUCCAUACUGGGGAGAAGCUUUAUGAAUAAAAGCAGUUUUGAAAGACAUCCACACUAAUGCCCAGAGUUACUAUACAUCACUAAAUCCACUCUGGUGAGAAUUGUUUUGAGUGCAAUCCAUGUGGAAAGCCAUUGACAUGGAGAUACACUCUUGCUCUACAUCAGAUAAAACCUCAGACUUUUACACAGAGCUCUUGUUCAAAAUCAGAAAAUUCACUAGUAUGUCAUAAACUACUCAGAAUAGGUCCAAAUAGUAAUAUGCUUUACACCUAAAUUAUGAUGCCAUAAUCAAAUUAAGGGAGCAUAGAAUGGUUUACCUUUUAAUUCAAUUCGUUGAUAAGGGAAGAAAUUAUGAUUAAAUAAGAAAUAGAUAAUAUGAGGUACAUCAUGGAUAAUUUUUGUUCUCUUCAUUUCAAAACUGUACAAACAAAACCUAUACAAGCAAAGUUAAAAGGGAAAACAAGGAGUUGUCAUUUGCUUUAAAAUAAGAUGCCCAGUUCUGUAAAGGGAACCCUCUCCCUGAAUCACACAUGGUGUCUUACCUGCAUUCCUCUGAUAUUAGUGACAUCAUCUAGUGACAUCUGGGUUAUGUGACUGAGUUUCAAUAGGAUGUGAUUGAGAGGGCCUGAAAGGGAGAGAGAAAAAUGUUGAAGACAAGGAAGUAGGAGCUCUUUCUGGAGGAACUGAUAAAGAGGGUGGCAAAGGGAGUCAUGUAGAGAGCACCCACAUAUGUAAAAGACUUCUCAUUAGUUCUCUAACUCUACCCAUCCAAAUAAAUUCUAAUAAAGUAUGGAACUCAAGUAUCAUAA